AUGGAUCCGUCGCACGGAGCCGGACUGCCUCAUAGUAUACCGUGCCGAAUACCCAUCAGGAUUGCCAAACCCAACUAUCAGUGUUACCCGAUCCGGAGUAUUGGAAUGACUGCUGAUUUUCCAGUGAAGGGAAAACCGGUAAGGCAUCCAUGGGUAAUGCUGACCAGGCACUGGACUGUCACGCCAGCCGCUGUUGGUUGUGACAAGUCUGACACCCACGUUGCAUGGGAUGUGAGACAUGGGGCCAUCCAUUGGAUCAUCAACAGGCGAUCCGUGCUGAAAGAAACUCUGGAAUCGCAUCAAAAAGGGUCAAGCAACAACUUCCAGCCACCCCGUAGGCUCCGGAACGCGCACAGUCCACAUCUGCCGUUCAGCAUCGUUAACGAAGAAGCGUUGAUUGGCUUCAUCGCACGGAGAUUCGGGACAACCACAGCUGAGGGCGCCCCUUUCACCAACACCAUUGACAAUCUUGGACCUAAACGAACUAACGACGACCUAAAAUCGUUACAAUGCGGGGGAAGAUGGAGAGAUGGACAAGGAGCCUCCACCUAA